AUGGCAGCAGAUUUACCUGAUAUCGACGAGACUGCCAUGUCCGACGUGUCCGACUGGUCCCAUUGGCCCGACACAUUCCUCUCGAACCUGGAGCAGGGGAACAAAACGUGCAUGGCUGCUAUCAAGCAAGAAUCCAGGGAUCAAUGCGACAAUCCUGCUGCGUGGGAUGCCAACCAGCCCCUCCCACCUACGGUCCUUGCAGCCACCAGAGUUACCCGGCCUACCAAGAUAUAUUCAAUGAGGCAGUGGACACUGCGCGAUGCCCCCGAAAGAGCCGGACUUCUCACGCCUGAAAGAUGGGUCGACGGCAAGAUCACAUGGAACGCUUCACGGACAAGACUCACGGACGCCGGUUGUGUAUUCGCACUGUUGAUGCUUUCGCCAAAAGAACGGGCAAGCCAACUGCCCUUUGACUUUGAUAGGCGCGGAGACAUUCGCCGCACGCGUGUUCCCAAACCCCCGACGGUUGUUGCAGUCCAGAACAACGUUCGUUUCUUUAUCGCCUGGAAAGACACUUAUAUCUUUACUGGUGGAAGGAAUGAUAUGGGGUGGCUCCUACAACGAAAGUAUCCUAAAGAACAGUCACCGUUUAAUAAUGGAUGGCUACGCGCAGGACUUGUACUGGCACCGGUUGACGUACAGUCCUCGUCUGGCGCUGGCGGACUUGACUGUACCCUCUCCAAUUAUGAACCAUCAAAGCCGCAUAAUAUUCCUUUGACCCCAAGUGAAACGCAUCCCCCUUCAACAUGGGAGUACGGGCAUCAGGUCCAUGGCGUCCCUCUACGUGGUACCGAGCCCGCAACAGCCACCACGGUGCUUCACGUCGAGAGGCCUUGGGGGUAUAUCCCCAUGAAAAAAAUCCCAGGUUUCCACCCCAGGCUCAAGAUAAAUGUUAUGGAAUCCCGGCUUUCCACAUGGCAUGAACUUGAACGCUGUAGCGGCUAUCGCGUUAUCGAAUGGGAUGAAAUCUACAAUGAAUCUGACAUUGAUGAAUUCGACGCCGCUGAACCUGAUAACAUCGAAUCUGAUGACGCUGUGUUGUCUCCGCAAAACAAGUCGAAAGACGAGGGCAAGAAGCGCAAAUUCUCCGACGCUGAAUCCAAUGACGCCGUGUUGCUUCCACUCAAGAAUCGUACAUCGAUCGACAUCCGCAAUAAUGAUCAACAGGAUGUGCGUCUGACCCCGUUCCAUUCACUUGUUGUCGAUACAAUGACCGAAAGUGGCGUUCAAUCAUCUGAAUUGAUCCAGGCAUUACGUUCCCUGUGCACCACGAAAGCUGCAAUUCAAUCAUCCGAGGUGGCCCAUAGCUUCAUGCGCCAAUCGCUUAGUGAUGAUGAACGCCAAUCGGUGUACGGGAUGCUCGCGCCGGAGCCUUGGAUGACAGACCUUGUGAACGCUGUGGGCGACAAUGAUCGUCACCGAAACGCGGUUAUAAACGCCAUUUCCUUCCAUCGCAAUCUCAGGUCUCUUGAAAAGGAUAUAAAGUACCCGGAAGAUAACGCUUCGUUGGAAGCUACCCUGUUUCAAGCGCUGCUUCAGGAUCUCAGACGCUAG